AUGCCCCGGUUCCUCCGCCCUAAGCAGUCGACGCAGCAUCGCGUAGCAGCGAUCGCUCUAUACAGAGCGCUGCUUUCACGAUGUUCUUCCGCGACGCUGCCGGAUGAGGACCGCACCUCAAUGCGCAAUGCGAUUCGCAACAAGUUCCGCAAGAACAGGAAGAUUCAGAGCCCGUAUCAGCUAGGCCUUGUAUUUCGAGCCGGCUACGAGACUCUCGACCAUCUCGAUGCCUCCACCACCGGCGACACUCGGAGCAUAAGCUUCCUCACAUCUCUCAUCUCCACCCUGCCAAAAGGCCUCAAGCGCACACCGCCGCUCGGUCCUCGUCCACCCCCGCCGCAGGAUCCCUCAAAGAAGCUCCUCGCGUGCCUCCCACCGGAAAAAGCCGUUCUCAACGUACGCCCCUAUGCAAAGGUCACCGGACCCCGCCACGUCCCUAUUCUCGCCUCUGCAAAUGGCGUCCCCUUCCUGCGCCUUAAGAAACCCCAGCCUCCCGCGCUAAGCAGAGUUAUUCGUCAGAAGCUCGAACGAAGGAUCAACAGGUUCCAUCUGAGAAUAGAGCUUAACAAUUUUUGGAUACCGAUUGGACGGCAGGAAGAUGAGUGGGAUGCUAUGUUAGAGAAACGCUUUGGCAUUAAGGAGGGCGGGAGGGGCGAGCCGAAGUGGGCGGAUGCGCUGCAGGAGGCUAGCCAACUGAAUCUGGACGCUUAUGAUAAGGAUAUGGCGACAGAUAGGGAGAUUGCGAGAAAGAUGAUAAGGAUUGUGGAUGAGGAGACGAGGUUGGCGCUGCAGGAGGGACAGAAAGUUGUUAGAGGGCGGAAGGGCAAACCGAUACGGCCGCGCUGGCCUACAUAG